UGCCCCAAAAAAACAAAAAUAUUGACAUUUCCCUCCAUAUUAAAUAAUAUUUUUAUUAUUAAUAAAAAAAUAACCCUCUAAGCAUUGGUUUCUGUUCUUUCACACCCCCUUGGAAUUUUGUCACUUGGGGUUUUCCCCAAUUCGAUCGAUACCCCAUGUCAAAAAAUUCUGCACUCUACAAAAACCCUCGAAUCCCCCUUUAACAUCGAUCAGUUUCACCUCUGCUUUUUUCGUAAUUAGCAUCAAUGGUGCAGAUUCGUGAAAAUGGAAAGGUGAAAGUGAAUGAUGAUGAUGAUGAUAAUAAUAAUAAUGGAGAAAGUGAGAGGUUUUGUAUAAACGAUCACCUGGAUUUGUUGAUCGAGGUUCUGAAGAGGCUUGACGGACGAUCGUUAGGUGCUGCAGCUUGUGUGUGUCGACAAUGGUGUUCGAUCGCACGGAACGAUUCGUUGUGGGAGCAUCUCUGCUUCCGUCACGUGUCGCCACCUCCAAUUGGUGUUCGGCCGGUGGUUUCGGCGUUGGGUGGGUACAGGAGGCUGUACAUGGUGUGUGUGAGGCCGGUUUUGAGUCGACUCAAAAGGAGGAGAAUCGGUGGUGAAUCGGAGGUGGUGAGACGAGUCUGGAACCAGAAUGAGGUGGAGCUUUCUUUGUCGUUGUUUUGUGUUGAGUAUUACGAGAGGUUGUUGGUUGGUGGUGGAGGUGGAAGAGUCGCCGGAGAUUCGCCGGCGUCGUCGCUCAAGUUUCUAUGCAUGCCCGUGAAUGUUUGAGAAAAAAAACGAUGACGUUUCAAAAUGAAAGCAAAAAGGCAUUAUGAUAUAUCUAUCGAUUAUUUGAAGCUACUGCCACUAGUAUAGCGGGUGAAAUUCUUUAUUUUCUUCUCGUUUUUUUAGUUUCAAAUUUUCAUAAUUAUUUUUGUAAUUUUAUUUUUAUAUUAUAAAGAAAUUGAAAUCUUUUUAAGGAUGUUAUUUUUA